ACACAACUUUAUGUCCGGAGUCGGGCCUCUAACUUUUCUUACUCAACAAGUAGGCUAGCGAAGCGAGGUUUAAGCGCACUCAGUUCCGCUAGGGUUUUACCAGACGAAUCCGCCGCUUGUCUUGUCUUUCAACCGGAAGUCUCAACCCCAAUGGCAGCUGGCGGCGGUCAGGCGGCCUUCUCCUUCCUCACAAACAUAGCGCGCACGGCUGUAGGGUUUGGUGUUAGCGCCUCCUUGCUCUCUGCCUCCCUCUACACCGUCGACGGUGGGCAGCGCGCCGUCUUGUUCGAUCGCUUUCGCGGCGUCCUCGAUGAUACCGUCGGCGAAGGAACCCACUUCCUCAUCCCCUGGCUCCAAAAGCCCUACAUAUUCGACAUUCGCACCCGCCCUCACACCUUCACAUCCAACUCCGGUACCAAAGAUCUACAGAUGGUGAACCUCACCCUUCGCCUCCUCUCCCGCCCCGACGUCCCGAUGCUCCCCACCAUCUUCAAAUCCCUCGGCACCGAGUACGACGAGAAAGUCCUUCCAUCAAUCGGUAACGAGGUCCUCAAGGCUGUUGUUGCCCAGUUCAACGCCGAUCAGCUCCUAACGGAGCGUCCUCAUGUCUCCGCUCUUGUGCGCGACGCACUUAUUAGACGUGCUCGGGAUUUCAAUAUCGUUCUUGAUGACGUUGCGAUCACGCACCUCUCUUAUGGUUCGGAGUUUUCUAUUGCUGUGGAGAAGAAGCAGGUCGCUCAGCAGGAGGCUGAGAGAUCUAAAUUUCUUGUGGCACGCGCUGAGCAGGAGCGGCGUGCUGCUGUUAUACGUGCCGAGGGGGAGAGCGAGGCUGCUAAGCUGAUCUCUGAUGCUACUGCCGCUGUUGGUACCGGAAUUCUUGAGCUUAGGAGGAUCGAGGCUGCGAGGGAGAUUGCGUCCACUCUGUCCAAGUCGCCUAAUGUUGUUUACUUACCUGGUGGGAACAACAUGCUGCUCGGGCUGAAUUCUACAGGCUUGGGACAGGGGCGGUGAUGGAUUUGAUGAGAUAAUGGUGGGAACUUCUUUGAUUCUCAAAUCUUUCAUCAUCUUUUUUGCUGAAUUUAGUUUUUUUCUUAUUGCGGUGCUUUAUUUCUGUGAUAAUAACUCUUUAUGAGCUUUUAAAGGCUGUUAGAAAUUUAUCAGGUUGCAUGCAUUCUGUGUAAAAUGAACAAUAUGUUUCCAUUGA